CUCAGGCGGCUACACAGAACCCAGGGUGAAGAUGCCACGGGGUUGGUACCUGCUGGUUAUGAUUUGGGCCCUUCUGGCUGUAGCUACAGCUCAGCGCAGGACCAGUGGCAGAAAGAACAGAUGGGAACAAAACUGGAGCCAGAAACAUUCGGCCUACAAGACGUGGAAUUCACGACUGUAUCCCAGGUGGAAAGAGGGAGACUCCAGACAGCAAAACUGCUGGCAAGGUGGCGAUGUAAAAUUUGAUAUCAGCAAUGAUGCCCCAACUAUAACUGGUGCCAAAGCCACGUUCAGCAUUGCCCUCCGCUUCCCGGGCAACCAGACGGUGCUGCCAGAUGGCCGCAUAGUGUGGAGCCAGAACUGCACCAUAAAUGGUACUCAUGUGAUGGAAGGAGACCCUGUCUUUCCGGAUCAGGAUCCUCAGAGGUCAGACUGCUUCUUUCCUGAUGGACAGCCCUUCUCCCCAAGUGACCGUGGCAAACGUGGCAAGUUUGUCUAUGUCUGGCAGACAUGGGGGCGUUACUGGCAGGUGGUGGAUGGCCCCUCAUCCCGGCUGACCAUCGAAACCAGUGAUGUGGCUCUCGGUUCCUACACGAUGGAAGUAGAAGUUUACCACUACCGGGGACGUGAGAAAUUCAUCCCUAUAGGCGGCACCUCAUCACAGUUCAGCAUCACAGACCAGAUCCCAUUCAAUGUGGACAUUGCACAGGUGCUAGAUGUGGAUGGGACAGAUGGCCAGUUUGUGCGAAACCGGGCCAUCUCCUUUGGUGUGAGGCUCCACGACCCCAGUCAAUACCUGAGUGAUGCUGACAUCUCCUACUCUUGGGAUUUCGGUGACCAGAGUGGGACCUUGAUUUCUCGGGCAGCUAUGGUGACCCACACCUACCUUACCGCUGGGACCUUCAGCCCUCGCGUCGUGCUGCAGGCAGCCAUCCCUUUGGCCUCCUGUAGCAGCACAUCAGAACAGCCCCUCAUUGUCCCCACAACCGCACCAAGCAGCACCACAGUUCAGGGGGCGACAAUCCCCACAACGGGGCCGAGGGGCAGCACAUCUCAAGAUACCAGUGCCUUGCCUACUGUCAGCAGCAUAACCUGGACAAGCAGUGAAGGUGCCCAAACCUCUGUUCCAGCUUCUGCGGUUCCUGCACUCCCAACAGAGCAGCCCCCGGAAUCGGGCACUUCAGACCCCGUCUCUGUGGCCACGGCAGCUGCCCCUGCCCAGACAGUCAGCGUGGCUGUACCUGAAGAGGGAGAAUUAAUGGUGACCUCAGAUCCUGUAACUGUUGCCUCUGCCACCUUGGCUGAAGAGGCGGCGGGCACCGUGGACCCCGUCUCUGUGACCAGCGCUGAGCCUGCCUCUCUCCCCGGCACAGUGGCAUUGCCCUCCACACCCACCACCACCUCGGCACCAUUGCCAGGCACUCUGGUGCCUGUGUCUACAGCUACACUGACUCCCGAGAGUGACCCAGGCACUCUGGCUCCUACCAUGUUGUCAUCAGAAGCAACCACAGCUGUGCUUCCUGAGAUCGCAACGACACUCUCUGGGGUGGCCAGCACCCCUCCUUCUCCAGCGGCAGCUGAUGUUGUUGAAGACACCGUCACCGCCGACCAGUCUGUAUCGGUGAUACCUGAAACCGGGACAUUUACAACUGAAGUGGUCCAGAUCGUGGUCAAACGCCAGGCACCCAAUGGCUGCCUUCUCUACCGCUACGGAACCUUUGCCACCAGUCUGGACAUUGUCCAGGGCAUUGAGAGUGUGGAAAUCGUGCAAGUGGUGCCCCUGGUAUCAGCUGUUGCAGAAAACGUGGUCGAUCUCACUGUGACCUGCCAAGGAAGCCUCCCUGAAGAAGUUUGCACAACCAUAUCAGACCCCGAGUGUACCAUGGCCCAGGAGACGGCGUGCACCCCAGUCCAGCCCAGCCCUGAUUGCCAACUAGUCUUACGCCAGGCCUUCAAUGAGUCUGGACUUUACUGUGUCAACAUCUCUCUGGCUAAUGCCAAUAGUCUGGCUGUAGCCAGCACCCAAGUCAGCAUCCAAGCAGGAAGAACAUCCUCCUCAGCUCAAAUAACAGUGUUAGUUGGAGUGGUGCUGGUUGCUGCUGCUUUGGGUGCUGUGGCCUAUACCUACCGGCAUGUCAAGUACACUCCCUUGCGAGCGGUGAUGUCUGCCGGCACCUCUCCCAGAAGUUGGCUGCCUGACCGUACUGCUGUGCGCCUCUUCCUACGGCAGGCUUUUGGGCAGGGGGCCAGUGGGGAAAGCAGCCCGCUGCUGAGUGGCCAUGUGGUCUAAAGAUGGAAAUGAGCGCCAAGGGACUCACCAGGCCUGGCCAGCCACCGACCAGAUGUCUCAAAGAGUCUAUGGUGGAAAAAGAGGCAACUCCUCUCCUCUCCAAAUGACCUCCCACCCCCAACACUGUUAUUCUUGUUCCCCAGUGCCGAGAUAAAUAAAUUUCCU